AAAAACUACGCAAGGAGAGACACAGACAACAAGAGAAAAGCUGUGACCCCACAGGAGCGAGCAAUGUCAAGUUUAAAGAAAAGAAGUUCGAAUUCGUCAGUCGACCGGGAUGUGGAAGACAAGGAGGUUACGGAGAAUAUGCUCUCUCCGGCCGGAGGGGAGAAUGGAAACUCGAGCCGAACAGGUAGCGCACCGGGAAGCCCGGACAAGGUUUCCGUACCCGGGGAAGAUAAGGUUGUCCUAGAGAGAACUAUUACCCUGGUGAACGGCGUAGCUAUCAUUGUAGGUACCAUUAUCGGCUCCGGUAUCUUUGUGACCCCGACUGGAGUGGUAAAGGAAGCCGGGUCAGUCGGACUGUCCCUUGUGGUUUGGGCAGUGUGUGGAGUGUUCUCAACCAUAGGUGCCCUGUGCUAUGCUGAGCUGGGCACCACUAUUUCCAAAUCAGGUGGAGACUAUGCUUACAUACUUGAAGUGUAUGGGUCCCUGCCGGCUUUCCUGAAAUUGUGGAUCGAGUUGCUCAUCAUCCGGCCAUCAUCGCAGUACAUUGUCGCUUACGUCUUCGCUACCUACCUCCUCAAGCCCAUUUUCCCUGACUGCCCAGUGCCCGAGAAUGGGGCGAAGCUGAUAGCCUGUCUUUGCAUCUGUAAGUAUCCAAGCUGAUGCAAUUCACUAUUACCAAACUAAGCGCGACUAGAAGUUGGAACUGUUGUAGUCUACACGCUGCAUCCUCCUUUACGCAUCCCACUGGGCACACACUGGUUGAAUGAACGUUUGUUUCCACUUCAUUUCAAUGAAAUUACUUUGAACCAACGUGGAAUAGACGUUGAAUUGACGUCUGUGCCCAGUGGGAUGGCGCCACAUCAGGAUAUCGUAGUAUGCACAUGCUGGAAGGUAGCCUACUGCAGCACUGUUCUCUUGGCAGCGCGCACGAGACUCACCCAAAUGGAAACACUGGGUGUAGGCUACUGUUGAAUGGCACUGUUGAAAAAAUACCGCGUUAUUUCGUCAUCUUUGGUUAGUAGGCCUAUAGAGUCAGUCCCCCGCUCUGCGCAUCAUCACCCACGCGCCAUAAUGUAUGAUCAAGCUCAAAUGGAAAUUGUAUUUCUCUUCAGAUAACUCAUUAUUAAUAAUGACAAUAAUAAAAUAAGAUAAAUUAUACAAAUAAAAUACAAAUAUGAAACAUCUACAAUAGAUUAUUUUGAUCUCAUAUAUGCAAAUUCAAUUAAUUUAGCCACUUGUCUCAUGCACAUUGCAUUACACUAUUGUGCGUGCUAUAAACAACAGGUCAUUUCCAUGUGGUCCUCUGUAGCUCAAUUGGUAGAGCAUGGCGCUUGUAACGCCAGGGUAGUGGGUUCGAUCCCCGGGACCUCCCAUACUUAAAAAUGUUUGCGCAAAUGACUGUAAGUCGCUUUGGAUAAAAGCGUCUGCUAAAUGGCAUAUUAUUAUGUAAAAGGACCCAUGAGCACCAACGUGAAGUUCAUAGCAGCAUGUCAAAUGAAAGCUAAGAGUAUAUUUUAGGGAAAUUAAGCCAUAGAUACAUUUUUCAACAAUUUCCCAUCAUACAAAUUAGGCAUAAGUAAUGGCUUUGAUUUCUGGUCAAACAGAUGGAAAGGGGGUCUUAGAAAACAUCCAGACUACCAGAAAAAGUAUGAAGUAAAGACCCCUGCCAUCUCAUAUCAACACUUGAAAUGAUUUGCCUUCUGUAAGUUUAAGAAACAUUGCCUUGUAAUGCCGUUAACAAAACCCCACAUAUUUUCUAAUUUCUCUCCCUCAUGAGGAUUUACAUAUUUAUUUAUUUUUUGAGGAGGGAGGAUAAUGAAAGUUCACAGAAGUAACAAGUAAAGGUAGACCUACCAAUUAGUUAUAGUGUUUUUACUGGUAUUCAUUUUUGUUACCAAAUCGGUAACAGAAUUACCAAAAAAUAUGUAACGGAAUUACUGCAAUUGAAUUGGCUACAAUGACAAAUCAUAGUAGGCACAAACCACAGGGUCACCUGCUACUGUCCUCCCUUCCACUGGCAUACUGUUAUGUUCAGCUCAUGACUGUUUUCUCUUUGUGUCUGGUGGUCAAAGCCAGAGUGUGAAGCAGUCUGGACAAUCCCUCCCUCUCUCUCUGCCUCUCUCUUCUCUCUCUCUCCAGUUAAAGAUGCAGUCUUAGCAUAUGAAUUGCACCCCCAAAAAAGGACGUAACAUAUCAUACGAAAUGGAUGACGUAGUACACAAUUGGAUGACAUAGCACACAAAAUAUGGGGACCUGUUUUGGCUUGUGAGCACCACUUUCAAAACUACUGGCUGAAAUGAUGAGACGUUUCCAGCUGCAGAUUAUGUGCGCUGACGCCGCCUGCUCUGUGAAGCACAUGCGUGUACGUUCGUCUCCGAUGGUAUUUUUACAUCUCAGUUCGUACACACGCAACCUUACCUCACUAUGUGUUCCAGGGCGUCAGUGUGCUACGCACAUACCAGUCGGUGCAGUAGCUCUGGUCCAGGGUGUUAUAUUAUUGCGUUAGUAUCGCAGUGGUUGAACUUGAGAGAGUUAGCUAGCUAGCACUACAACCAAGAAAUCCCCAUUGCUUGUGCUUUAGCUGUCACCUUGAUAAUUUGGCUACACUGGCUAGCUAGCUGAGAAGCAUCCAGCUGCGAUUAUGAGCGCUGACGGCGCCGGGUCCGUGAACCUCAGCGCAUGCACGUGCAUCUCAGAUGGUAUAUUUGCAUCUCAGAUGGUACUGUAUGUGCGCAUGCAACCUGUAGAUGUUUGUUGGUCGCGCGUAUCGCUUGAGGCAGUAGCUUUGUUCCAGGGCAUCAAAUCAAAUUUGAUUGGUCGCAUACACAUUUAGCAGAUGUUAUUGUGGGUGUAUUGAAAUGCUUGGAUUCCUAGCUCCAACAGUGCAGUAAUAUCUAACAACACACAACAAUACACACAAAUCUAAAAAGUAAAAUAAUGGAAUUUAGAAAUAUUAGGACGAGCAAUAUUGGAGUCCGGAGUAUAAAUAUACACUAUACAGUGCAUUCGGAAAGUAUUCAGACCCCUUGACUUUUUCCACAUUUUGUUACGUUACAGCCUUACUCUAAAAUUGAUUAAAUAAAAAAAAUCCUCAUCUAUCUACACACGAUACCCCAUAAUGACAAAAUUAAAACAGGUAUUUAGACAUUUUUGCAAAUUUAUUAAAGAAAAUAAACAGAAAUACCUUCUUUACAUAAGUAUUCUGACCCAUUGCUAUGAGACUCGAAAUUGAGCUCAGGUGCAUCCUGUUUCAAUUGAUCAUCCUUGAGAUGUUUCUACAGCUUGAUUGGAGUCCACCUGUGGUAAAUUCAAUUGAUUGGAAAUGAUAGAGCUCCGAGACAGGAUUGUGUCGAGGCACAGAUCUGGGGAAGGGUACCAAAAAUGGCUGCAGCAUUGAAGGUCCCCAAGAACACAGUGGCCUCCAUCAUUCUUAAAUGGAAGAAGUUUGGAACCACCAAAACUCUUCCUAGAGCUGGCCGCACAGCCAAACUGAGCAAUUGGGGGAGAAGGGCCUUGGUCAGGGAGGUGACCAAGAACUCGAUGGUCACUCUGACAGAGCUCCUCUGUGGAGAUGGGAGAACCAACAUGAACCUCUCUGGUCUGAUGCAACCAAGAUUGAACUAUUUGGCCUAAAUGCCAAGCGUCACAUCUGGAGGAAACCUGGCACUAUCCCUACGGUGAAGCAUGGUGGUGGCAGCAUCAUGUUGUGGGGAUGUUUUUCAGCGGCAGGGACUGGGAGACUAGUCAGGAUUGAGGGAAAGAUGAACGGAGCAAAGUACAGAAAGAUCCUUGAUGAAAACCUGCUCCAGAGCACUUUGACAUUGAACAUCUAAUAUUCAAAUCAUAUUGUAAAAGCAGGUGAGCUGGUUCUACUCUUUUUGGCAAUUCUGAUGGAAAACUGAGCGUAACAUGUCAUCCCUGUUACCCAUAGAUAGACAGGCUAAAAAUGUUUUAACAAGUACAUUUUUUUGUGAUGCUGGCGUUCAAUAGCCCCUCCCUAUUGCACACAACAAGCUUCCAUUCCCUCUGUCACAUGGCUGAUUCAAGCUGAAGUCGUCAACCCUUUUACUGUCAACCCUUUUACUGUCAACCCUUUUACUUUAUAGGCAGUUACUAUAGCAUUUCUUAUUUAUUUAACCUCUUGAGAUGGGGGAAAAAGUGUUUUUUAUUAAGUUGAAAAUUAAGUCUGUCAUCUCUUUAUGACAGAAUGUACCAUUUUUGUGAAAUAAAACAUUUUUUCCCCAACCAAGUUACACUACUCAAAAGGCACCUAAUUGGUGGAACUACUCAGUACAGAUCAGGGACCUUGACGGGUGUAAAUCCACUUCACUUACUGUAGUGCAAUAACCAAAAGAGAUUGUUACAAACUCAAGGUGUCAUUAUAUAGGUGACACCCCAUUCUUUCUGCAGACAUCUUUGAAUCUUCAAUUUGGAGCAGAUAUCUACCAGAGUUUUUUGAAAACGUGGUCGCAUAAAAAACUGAGGGAGGUUUUACCGUAAUUCUGUUACCAAACUUUGCAUCUGCACAGUUCUUCCAAUAAAUGUGUUUAUGUGUAAAUUGUUCAAAGUAGUCCUUGUGCAUAAGAGUUGUAUGGUUUGUUAAACUUUCAAAAUCGUUUUUUUUUUGGCAUACAUUUUAAAGUGAUAAAUCGGAGUCUCAGCGUAAUUCCGUUAAUGUGGAAUUGCCCAAUAGUAAUUAAACUUGACAAAGCAUGUCACCCACUCAUUUAUGUUCAAUAUCAGUGUGAUGAAGGGAUGUUUUACAUUUUGACACUAUCCUGUUAUGACCUUGUUGAUAUCAAAUGCUCUGGUAUGCAAAUAAACAAUCUUGUGUUCUCCAAAUAACCAAUUAGGUUUUUUAGGCCUGCCCUACACAUUCAGUAAGAGGUUCUAUAAUAGUUUUUGUGAAUCAGGUGGCGCUGGUAAAUACGUUAAUGUAGGCUAGUCUCUAACAGGCAUGGCUGUUGUGUUGGAUAGGAGUUAGCCAGUUGGGAUUAUGGGUGGAUUAGUUUGAGCUUUGACUAAUUAGCCAACAAUUAACUCCACAUUGUGGAGUUCGCUGGUCAUCUCAAACAGACUUUUCUUUAUUUCUGGUCUCCCAUUCCCACUCUCUGUUAGACUUUUGCCCCUCUCGCACCCCUCUCUCUCACAGCAUACAUUUCUCUGUUUGGGGUAUGAAUGGCUGAUAUUAAGGUGCAGGAAUGUAUGUGACUAUUGUGUGUUUGUAUGUGUGUGUGUGUGUUCGUGCCUGUAUUCUUUUUUUAAAUGAUAAUAAUAUGAAAUUCUAGUAUGCAGAUGCAGGAAACGGGUGAUCAAAUAGGUGAUACCUACAAAGAAUGUACAUUCAAACCCUGCCAUGUUCCUCUUUCUGCAUCUAACCCAAUGAGGGUUUUGGACAUUGUGUGAUCAGUGUUCAUUACCUCUUCCCAGUGGAUGUUGAAUACCAGACCUAACGGUACCAUCUGUCAAUGCAUUUUGCAAUGUGAAAUGUGUGGGCAGCGGCAGCAGAAGCGGCAGGGGUAUACAGUAGGGCUGUGGUAUUGUAGAGGCUGAAUUCAAGCCAGGAUCAUGGCUGCUCCUGCCUGGUGGAAAAAGCUCUCACAGACUCUGUGAGUGAAUGUUGUACGGUUCAGUACCUGCGCUAGUCUCUAAUCCCUAUUCUAAGUGUGUAAUCCCCAACAGUGACCACAUGAUAGAAACUGAGAUCAGGGCUCAGCCAGGCCAAGGCAGAUGUAUAGAUAAAGAGACAAGAUUGAAGCCAAUAUGUUGUUAGUCCAGUCUGCUUAUUCUGGUCUUGGUGGUUGACAGGGUCAGUCUGGAUAACCAAGCUACUCUUAUCCACAUUUGCUGGUCCAUGUAACUUUGUUAAUCUAUUGAGUUGUUGUGCUAGGCUACAGGGUUUGUCUGACCGACUGUGUGAGUUAUUGUUCCAGUGACCUAUUUAUUUAGUGUUUUGUAGUUAUUAGGUCGCUGUGCUUUAGUUGAGUGUAUACUGUAGGUCCCAGUAGUGAGGUUUUACACAGUGACCCCCUGGCUGGCUGUGUAUGGCUUCUUUAGGGGGUUGUGGGGGAAACCUCAGUCUCAGUCCAUGUGGUGUGUUUAGGAGGCUGAGACUAGUGCCUUGGUUAAUCCCUUUGCCCUGAUCCCACAGGCAACAGGACUGCUCUGCUCUCUCAUUCUCACUCUCAGCGGGAGUGUGUGUUUUCGUGUUUAUGUACCAUUCUUCCCAGUCUAUACUGUACUCUCCCACACAGGCCCUCUUUGUGUUGUGGGUCCACACAGAAGCUGUUGUGUUCCCUAUUGUUGCCUGGGCUGGUUUACGGCUUAUGGUGCUUUGAAGUGUUUGUUAGUUAAUCACUUUUUUGGGGAGUCCGGAGGACAGGGAGAGGAGGCUGGGGGACAGGGAGGGGAGGCUGGGGGAUAGGGAGGGGAGGGGAGGGUGGCUGUGGGGGGCUUGAUUUUAUUCCCUCGAAUCUGUUUACUAGGUCUCUGAACGAUUCCCCCCUCUGUGCCACAUGACACACCACACAGUAGUCCGGCGAACUGAUCACAUACACAAUGGGGGCUGGGGUUUCCCAACCCUAGUUUCAGGGUCCUGCUGUGUGUGCUGAGUGGAAUCUACACUAACAUUUAGUACCUUUAGCAACAUUUAUUGAGUUUACAAAAGGAGGGAGAAUUAUUCCUUUUUUAGACAGUAGUCAAAAAUAGAAAGGAAUAACUCACAAACUCUGUUUCUCUCUUCCCCUAGUGCUGUUGACUGCUAUAAACUGCUACAGUGUGAAGGCAGCCACGCGGGUCCAGGAUGCCUUCGCAGCUGCCAAGCUCCUUGCCUUGGGCCUCAUCAUCAUUGUGGGCUUUGUGGAGAUUGGCAAAGGUAAGAUACAGCCAUUACAGGAGGAGGUACACAGUGAAAACCAAACAGACAAGACAUAA